GCUGCUCAGCUCUGCACUCGCCAACUUGCGCAUUUUCCGCGCCCGUCUUUUCUUCCAUCUGUCUCCUUUGUCGGUCUGUUCCUUUGCUGUACGACUGCUGUGUCUGCUGCUCGACCGUAUACUCGCGCCCGCGCACUUCUGGACGUUGCCGCCCCUGGCUUUUCGCACCGCCGCCGACAACCAAAUCUCUCGCGCAGCCGUAGCAAGCAGAAGCCCCACCUGGUAAUCACCAUCUCUCCACUGCGGUGUAGGUGUUGAUUCUCCCACCGUCCAUCAAACGGCCGCUGCUCCUGCUGCUGUCUGUCUAUCUCCUUGUCAGUCUCCUCACUCAGCCUCCGCACCGCUCUCCUUCCCCGUCCCCGGGGAUUCCUUCUGUACGGCGCCUAACCGCUCCGCUUCAGCUUUUUCCCACUCUCGCCCUUCUGCAUUGCGACUUUCUGCAAUCUGCUUCCGCCCCCUCUCAUAGCGCUCUGUCUUCGCCAUGGCCGAUACCACGACUCCCUCCGAAUUCGCCCAGCCCACCGCGGGCCAAGCGCCAGGCACACAAGGCCAUCAGAAUGGCUCUGGCAGUCACAUGCCCCCUCCGCCGAUGCCUGCGCUCAAUGUCAGCAUCCCUAUGAACUAUCAGCCUCCACCCUCGGAGCUUACCGACAUGAUGUCGCCGACAAGCGCCGGAGGUCAGGUGCGGCGUGCGGCCCCGGAGCCCAACAAAAGGGCGCUGUACGUGGGAGGUCUUGACCCGCGCGUCACGGAGGAUGUGCUGAAGCAGAUAUUUGAGACGACUGGGCACGUGCAAAGCGUCAAGAUCAUCCCAGACAAGAAUUUCCAAUCAAAAGGUUACAACUACGGAUUUGUCGAGUACGACGACCCGGGCGCCGCCGAAAGAGCCAUGCAGACCCUCAACGGAAGGCGCGUGCAUCAGCAAGAGAUUCGCGUCAACUGGGCAUACCAGUCCAACACAUCGGCGAAAGAGGAUACCACGAACCACUUCCACAUCUUCGUCGGCGAUCUCUCGAACGAGGUCAACGAUGAAGUGCUCUUGCAAGCUUUCUCCGCAUUCGGCAACGUUUCAGAAGCACGUGUCAUGUGGGACAUGAAGACUGGACGAUCUCGUGGAUACGGCUUUGUUGCGUUUAGGGACCGCGGCGAAGCCGAAAAGGCACUGAGCUCGAUGGAUGGCGAGUGGCUCGGAUCUCGUGCCAUUCGCUGCAACUGGGCAAACCAGAAGGGUCAACCGUCAUUCUCUCAGCAGCAGGCUAUGGCUCAGAUGGGUCUGACGCCGACGACACCUUACGGACACCACCAGUUCCCCACUCAGGGAACUCAGUCCUACGAGAUGGUCGUGGCUCAGACGCCGCAGUGGCAGACGACCUGCUACGUCGGCAACCUCACUCCUUACACGACCCAGAACGACCUCGUACCACUCUUCCAGAACUUCGGCUACGUGACUGAAACGCGCUUUCAGUCUGACCGCGGCUUCGCAUUCAUCAAGAUGGACACGCACGAGAACGCCGCAAAUGCGAUCUGCCAGUUGAACGGAUAUCAGGUCAACGGUCGCCCGUUGAAAUGCAGCUGGGGUAAAGACCGUCCUCCGACCGGCCAAUUCGAUGGCUUUUCGCCAGCAACCGCCCAGACACCAGGCUCUGCUUUCUCUGCUGCGACGCCCCAAGCCUUCUUUCCACAAUACGGUCAGCCGGCUGCAAUGUCACCUCAAGCCUCACCAGCAGGCUUCCAGCAGCAAGGUGCAGCAGGCUGGCAACAGCAAGGCAUGACACCUUCGGCCAUGCAUCCAGGAGCGCCAGGCUGGCCAGGCGCUCAGCUUCCUCCCAGUGCUGGCGGCUUCAAUCCACAGUCACCUGCUGGAUACGGCAUUCCCCAAACUAACCCUCAGGCUGCUCCAUUCGGACGCGGUUACGGUGGCUUCCAAGGCUAGUUGCGGGAGGCCAGGCGGAUACCAUGCCGAAGGUCACGAAGUCCACUCCGCGAUUGCAGCCGAGGGCACGUUCUCUUUUCUUGAGCUGAUUGCACUUUUGGUUCUGCUCAUGGCGAUUUGCAUUGCUUUGGAUACCCAACAAAAGCCUUCCGUACCCCUUCAUCCGGCCACGACUCUAGAGAGCGUCUGAAGUUUGUUUCUGAAAGUACGAUCUAGCGUGUAUCUCUGACAGUUUGUUUUGAGGGCUGAGGCGAGGACGGAUGGCAUAGCGUAGCUCUACUCACUGAUAUUGGGUAUGAAUUGAGAUUGAAAUGUUCUCCG